AAAAGGAAAAAUAAUUACGUAAUCUACAAUUUUAAAAAGUUUGAAAACUUAAAAACGUCGACCCAAAGGUAAACCUAUGUCUGAUAUCGCCUUUGAGAAUGGACAGCCUACAUACGAGGGCGGUACGAUUUUCAAGUGUUUUCGAGAUAACGGCAACGGUCUCCUCUUCCGCAUCGUAAAUGAUGAUAAGAAGGAAUGGGUGUUUUACAACGAUACUACAAACUACAAUAUGGUGGUGCACGUAGCUUUUGGCAAAGAUAGUGAAAUUGAGGCGCUGGAGGAUACCCAGAUGAAUCAAGAUGAAGAAUCAAAUGAAUAUAAAUGUGAACUACAUAUACCACCGUUGGAGACAAAGAUGUUCAUUAGUGGUGUGCCCAAUGGCUACAAGAUGAACUUUGAAGCCAAUCCUAUUCCUAAAUAGGUGAGAAAUGUAUAGUCUUUUAAAUCCCUUAUAUGCAUAUAUAUAUAUAUAUAUGUAUAUAUAUACAACUAUAUAGAGAAAAAAAAUUGAUUCAUUUUUUUAAAAAGUUUUGUGUAAUGAUAUCUUGAUGAUAAUUAUAUAUUUAAGAUCUGUGGAAACGUUACUCUUAAUUUUACUUCAUAAAUUUUCCACGAUUGGCGUUUCUGCUGCCUUUAUAAUUUCCGUCGAACUUGAAACCUUUUCUCUUGAUCCUUUCAUGACCCUGUGUGGGGGUUCGUGUGUUUUGGUGCUUUCCAAGGAUCUUGCUCAACUAUAUCCACUAAAAGAUACAGAUUGCGGCAUAAAGUAGCACAUUACCUACA